UAAGGCGGAUGAGACGCGGUUCUGACAUGUUUUAUUGAAAGCAGGCCCGGGUGAAGUCGGACCGUAGCAGCCGCUAAUCUUGACUAAGGGCCCGUUUUAUUGGCGUUGCACCACACGAUGGACGCAGGCGGGGAUGGUCUUUUCGGCGAGGAGACAGCCUUUAGAAACGUCGAGCACAGCCAGCUAGAACGUCUGCAUCCGACGGGUCGACCGAACGACUGCGCGGGCGAUUUGACGCCUGGCGCCGAGGGCGGCGGUAGCCGCGAUCGGGAGGAAGAAGCUUGCGUCUCGCCGACCGGUGGAAGGUUGUCAGACAGUUACCCGGAGGACCAAGAACUAGACGGACACGACAGUUCCGCCUCGGGCGUAGACCAAGCCCCUCCCGACGGUAAACAGAAGAAGUCCCGUAAGGUUCCCGUCAGACUCGGCAUAAACGCCCGCGAGCGACGAAGGAUGCACGACUUGAACGAUGCUUUAGACGAACUCCGCUCCGUCAUACCAUACGCGCACAGCCCCUCCGUCCGGAAGCUCUCCAAAAUCGCAACCCUACUACUGGCCAAGAACUACAUCUUAAUGCAGGCUAACGCCUUGGAGGAAAUGAGGAGACUUGUCGCUUAUCUAAACCACAACCUGCAGGCUGCCAUGUCCUGUUACGACGGAGCGUUCACCCCGACCACGCCGUACCCGUCAGCCAACCUCCCUACCCCGGACACUAAGUGCAUGUUGUACCCGCCGCCCAGCUCGAUGUCCUACCAGGUCCAGCGCCCCUCACCGGCGGCUCUCUGCAAGGAGUGCGGCGACAAGUAGCAGCGGUCACCGCCCAGGACCCCGCCAGCCAUCCGAUGCCAGUCAGGAAGCAUGACAACGGUGGAGGUAGCAGAUAAUUUCCACACUGACUGCAUAAUUCAUCAAGACUUUAACACCUUGUAGCUGCCUAGAUUUAUUUUCCUAGGUCAAUGUCCUAUAUUUUCCGUGCUUGGUGUACAUGUGUGUGCGGUGCAUAUGCUAUAUAGUCCUUCAUCAGCUUGCUAUCUCGUUAUGUGGACGCCUCUCCUGAAUUCUUAAUAGAGCAGUUAAAAGUUAUGUGUUACAACUUAGGAUAGACUCAGAGUCCAAGUCUUUAUAGCAAUUUAAGAUAUUGACUAUCGGAAGUAAAAAUGUCGACUCUUACGUUUUGUGUCAGGAAGACGAAUAGGCGGAGACAAAAAGAUGCCUCCCGCCAUUGAUUUCCUGUACUGGAGUGACAGUUGAGGAAAUAGGCUGGAUUAUUUUUGAUUACUUUGCCAGGUCUAGGAAAUCACGCUACUACAUCAUAGCUGGAAACGCCGGCCGAAACCUGAUUCCAAUUUUACUACCAGAUUUACCGGGGGUUUUCUGAGCUCUAAAAUUACGUGAGAUAUCACGCAACGGGAUGCGUACGUUGUAAUAUGAUACAUCCCACAAAGCAAAGUUUUGAGAACGUCUACUUUCAGCAAAAUUGUUGUUUUUUGUAAGGAUUACAUUCAUGAAGAUUUUGUGACAUCGCAAGUCUUUUCCACGACUAUUCUUGUGUGUAUUUCUCCAAAUUUCGUAUCCGGAAAUACUUCAGCACUUAAUUUCUCAAAUACUACACAGAUCUAGUCAUGUUUGCGUUUAUCUGGAUGGAAUGAGUCGUUUGUUAAGUGUUAUUGUGGUGCAUGCGUCAAGUGAGGGUUUUAUAAGCAAUUACGAAAGGUGCCGCCGUAGCGCCAACCAACAAUUACAUAUGACGACAUCAUUUUCGUACAAGAUCGUAAUCAUUAUGUAUCAUGCGUACCACCUUUCAGAAGUGAUCAACUGUGUGUACCCUAAAUUAUUGACAACCUUAUACCGCGGUAUUAGGCCGACUUAUGCAAAUAUAUCCUCCGAGAGAACUUUUCUGAUUAUAGAUAUUUUUUCGUUACACGGCCCCAGGCGUUGAACUAUUUCAUAUUCAUUAGCGCCAUCUGUGCUCCAAUUUGGUUAAAAUCUUGCACCUAUUGUCCUCCACAGGGAUAUGUACUUACGUUAGACACCCUAUAGGACUGUUCCUACCUAUCCCAACUCUUGUCCGUGCUUGAUACGAGAUUUAGGCGGUCAGAACUUGUGUUAUUGUGGAAAUGAGUGCACCCUAUGUGAAGAACUGGUCUAAGUGAGAGGUUAGCGCCACGCGUUCGACCUUAUAAUGUAUUGUGUACAAAGCCAUAUAUCUGUAAUAAAAUUACAACA